CAGGUUUUCAGAACAGGAGUCACUAGUCAUGAUUUGACAGCUGACCCAUAUUGUUAUACCCAAGUCAUUUCUGUAUUUAUGUAAAAUUUGUUUGUAAGUGAGCUCAAAUUUGUUCAAUACACUUUCAGCCAAUAAAAGGCCGCAGUGUGGGCGUUAUUUUCAAACGAAACGCUCGAUAAACCAGGUUUUCAGUGCUGCCAUCUUGGAUUGUAAUUGGAUGCUUGACCAGUAAAGGGGCAGAGGGGGAUGGGAGGGAGGCCACCUCACGCCUACUCCCUUGACAAAUUUCUCCUGCUCCAACCCUCCACAGGCACCAAAUACAAGAUGGCGCCUAAUAUGAAAAUGUGCACUUGCGCACCCAAAAUAUGCCUGCACUGCAGGGCUAGGCUAAUAGGGUCUGCACAAAGAGUAGGCCAGCAAGUCAUGCAUACCACCUUGUGAGCCAUUCUUAUUAGCUUAAAUAUUAUAGUCUGACUGGCCUGAAUAUCACCUGGUUAACUCGCAUGGCUUGCUUGCUGGUUAACCUAAAUAGCACUCCUGUUAACCUAACUAGAACUCUGUUUAGUCUAAAGAGCACUCUGGCUAGCCUUAGUGAACUUGAUUAACAUGUGGUUAGCCAUUUCAUUGUUGAUGAGGUCCCAUGAUGAGUCAUGAGUCAAUUCAAUACGUCACUGGUCACAUUGCACACCAGUCAGCCUAAAAAGCGCUCCAGUCAGCUUCAGUAGUACUCUGACUAGGAAAUCGAUUUUUAGCGACUGAUAGACGGCUUUUCAUCGAUCUUCAAGCCCAAAACAGACGAGGUGAUCUGGGAACAAGAUUACGUAUAACCCAAAGUUCAUCAUGGCGGACGAUAGGGAAGAGGAGAAUACGAGAAUAAACGUUGUGGUGAAAACCUCAAAAAGCAAAGAGACUAUAGAAACUGAACCAACUGCAACGAUACUAGAGUUCAAAGAACUCGUAUCGGCAAAGUUCAAGGCGCCGGUUUCCCAGUUGUGUUUGAUAUUCGCCGGUCGAAUUUUGAAAGAUGGAGACACACUGGAGUCUUAUUCUAUAAAAGACGGUCUCACAGUUCAUCUUGUUAUCAAGUCUGACAACAGGGCCCAGCAACAGGCAGCACAACACGCUACUGCCAGUCAACAGUCUCCAUCAACUACACCUUUGGCUCAAUCAAGUGCCCCACAGUCCCAACCAAUGCCAUCUCCAUUUGGCUCUGGAUUAGGAAGUUCAGGUGGAUCUGGAGGUGGAUUAGGGGGUCUUGACAUGUUUGGAAAUGCAGGAAACCUUCAGCAGAUGUCACAACAGCUGAUGUCUAACCCAGAGAUGUUAAGACAAAUGAUGGACAGUCCCAUUGUGCAGAGCAUGAUGUCAAAUCCUGAUCUUAUCAGACAAAUGAUUCUUAGUAACCCACAGAUGCAGCAACUUAUUGAGAGGAAUCCUGAAAUCUCCCACAUUCUAAACAACCCUGAUUUGAUGAGACAGACAAUGGAGAUGGUACGGAAUCCUUCUGUGAUGCAAGAGAUGAUGAGAACACAUGAUAGAGCACUUAGUAACUUAGAGAGUUUGCCUGGAGGUUUCAAUGCUUUGCAACGAAUGUACACAGACAUCCAAGAACCUAUGCUGAAUGCUACACAAGAACAGUUACAGCGGGCACAGAAUAAUCCAUUUGCUGCAUUGUUUGGAGGAGCGUCAGGCACUGGUCCUGGGUCAAACCCAAACUCCAAUCCUCAGCAAGGCACUGAAAACACCUCUCCUCUUCCCAACCCAUGGUCUCCCUCUUCACCAUCUGCUGUGCCCACUCAGCCAAGCACUGAGUCUAGCACCCAACCAGACCAACAACAGUCAGCCCCUCAGACAGUAGCGUCUACAACAUCCACAACUUCAACCACAGCUAAUGCUUCUCCUGCAUCUAGUGGCAGCAGUGGCCCAACUGCUAAUCCCCAACAAUCAGGUAGUCCUAUGAGCAGCAUGUUCCAGACACCUGCCAUGCAGUCCCUUAUGCAGCAGAUGUCCGGUAAUCCUGAUAUGUUCCAGAACAUGAUGCAGAGUCCAUACAUGCAAGACAUGAUGACACGAAUGGUGCAGAAUCCUGACCUCAUGGCUUCUAUAAUACGGUCAAAUCCAAUGUUUCGAGGAAAUAGCCAACUAGCAGAUCAGGUUAUGUCGAGGCUUCCAGAAUUUAUGUCACAGAUGCAGAAUCCUGAAUUCCAGCAAGCCAUGUCCAAUCCCCGGGUGAUGGAGGCCAUGAUGCAGAUACAGCAGGGAAUGAUGCAGCUGCAGGCAGAAGCACCAGGCCUGGUACCAGGAGUGGGUUUGAUGGGUGCUCCACUUUCCACCAUGACCACAGGCUCAACAACUUCUACAGGCAACACUGCUACCACUAGUCCAUCUCAGACAUCAGGUACACCAGCUGGAACACAAAGGCCAGCACAACAGAGUGUCCCAGGAAGUACUCCAGGAAACACCCAGGGGAAUCCUCAGGGGAAUCCUCAGGGGAAUCCCCAGGGGAACCAAAUGGCACAGUUCAUGUCUCAAAUGAUGCAGGCUAUGACUCAGGGUCAGAAUCCUGAAGUGAUAUACCGCACUCAGUUAGAACAGCUAGCUCAGAUGGGCUUUGUAGACCGUACUCGGAAUAUUCAAGCUUUAGUUCAAACUGGUGGCGACCUCAACGCUGCCAUUGAAAGACUUCUACUGCAGUGACGAUUAAUGGACAAUGAAUGCUUUCCUUUCACAUCUGGCAAGCUAAUGAAAAUUGCGAAAAAAAGAAGCUGCAGUAAUUGAUGGCAUUUCAGAGUCAAAUGUCUUUUUUCUUCUUUCUCUGUCUCAUGAACAGUGUAACAGGAAAUGCAACUAACUAGCAAGCUUCUAUCGUCUGUUACCUGGCUAAUAUCGCGGAACAUUAAUUGCUUAUUAUGUGUUUUGUUUGGGAGUCAGCCGGGGGAACUGUUUUUAUCGUAUAGUUUGUUCAUGCUUAGAUAUCAUACACAGAAACAUUUGACUAUUACAAGUGAAAUUGCAAGUGCUACGGAUUUUGAUACCCUGAAAAUCUAUAAUUUCCUUCUUUUCCUUUGUUUUUAAGUGCCUGCUACCUUAAAUGGCAGUACCGGUUACUCAAUUCAGUUACAUUUAUAAAAAAUAAUGGCUUUUCUCAAGUUCAUUUUGUCAAACUGUAAAUUAAGAACAGUUAUUGGAUGGUAGUCCCUCUCUCGUGGGAUUUAUCGUGAUCUGCUUUUGACAAAGUUUAUUUAUAGCAGUUCUUUUGAAUUUUUAACACACUUUCGGACUGCAAUCAAGGCAUUUUGGGUCAAGCACAAUAUCAGAUUGUUAUGGAACUAAUCUUUUUGAAACUGUUUCAAAAUAUGUAGAGCCUGGAAGGAUAAUGGAAACUCCUUUUCAACCGGGAAGUACCCUUUUCUUAUAAUAUAAAUAUUGUUAAAUAUUGUAUUAGGCGUCUAAGAAAUGGCCAGUGCGUAAGACGUUCAGUGUGGAUUAAUGUACAAUUCUGAAGCAAACAAUAGUUGUCUGCUCAACAUCUUUUCAGAAUACCAUUUUUAUUUGUGAACCUUUUUACAGAAGCAGCUUGUUCCCUACAAUUGAAUUGUUUUGGUGUGUGUUUCUUUUUCUGCCUUGUAUAAGUGAUGCCAAGCACGAAAUGAGUGCCACAUAUGAUAUUGCUCAUGUUAGUGCUGAACUUAGUGUUACAGAUGCCAAGUAAUCUCAAGAAAAGGUUGACUAAUACUCUAAGUACUCGGUACUUAGCCAAUCAGACACUGGCAUAGCAAUGCUUCAUUGGAAGAAUAAAAUUGUUUGUAAACUGCGAACAGAACUGUUUCAUGGAAGGUUGCCAGAAAAUUUCAAAACGUAUUUGACGGGACAAAAUGAAGUAUAGGUACUUUUAAAAAGAUCACAAUGUUUCUUUUAAUUUGUAACACAUUUUUCAUCGAACUCACAUCUUUGUCAGUUACAGAGGUAUCUGAAAAUUCGUUUGAACUUAUAACAACCUAGAGAAGCAUGCCUAAAUUAACUAUAGUUACAUACGAAAAUUGAUAACAAAGAAGGCAUAAAUAAUAACAAUGCCUGAAGCAUAAGUGUUUAAUUGACGUAAUUGACUUGUUGAUUUAAAGUAGGCUUUUCCCAAUUGACAUGCAGUGCAUAGCCUUCUUGAGUUUGAGUUGAACGUUUGUGAAGGUAGAACAAAGGAUUUAAAGGCAAUCUGUAGAACAAGAUUGUGGCAAGGUGCGAAGCUUUGUAACUGGUUAAAGAUGUGAGAAGACCUUUCAGAAGAGAGAUAAUAGAAGAGAAUGAUCGUAUAAAUGAACCAUUCUGCAUACUCGAAACUGAAGUAAUAAUAAAAGAAAUUUAGCUGCUCAGUUAAAUCUGGGUGCACUUGAAAA